GAACACGUGGCCGCGUUGCAUAACAAACACGGAAGGGCUGGGAAAUCGUGGUAAUGACAACAGAGUAGUACAGUGUCCUCGUUACAAUUGUGUCCCCUUGCAGCCAGGCGGUGUCCGCCCGUAGUCACACGAGCCCCGGAGGGCAGCGGCAGCAGCAGCAGGAGCAGCGAUGGGCUCCUUCCUCGGCAUCGGCGUCGCCACGAUCGGCGGCGCCGGCCUGGCGUGCGCCUUCGCCUUGGCGUGGGACAUCAGGCAGCGCACGGUGUCCGAGAGCCACACGUUGGGCAGCCUCCUGGGACAGUACUUCUGCUACGCCGUCUUGCACAGGCUGGGGAGGUGGCAGCGCAAGAGGCUGGAGGCGGACACCAUGGACGUGGCCACCGCGCAGGAGGAGACGCUGCUCGCUCGGCUGCAGCGGAACGGCGGCACGGCGUACGGGCGUCAGCACGGCCUCGACUCCAUCCGCAGCCGUCGGGAGCUGAGGGAGAGGCACCCACUCACCAGAUACGAUCACUACCGGGCGUACGUGGAGCGGGUGGCGUGUGGGGAGCUGGGAGUUCUCACAUCUCAGCAGCCGUCGAUCCUGGCCCUCACGUCCGGCACAUCGGGCCACUGCAGCAUGCUGCUCAGCCUGCCCUCCACCCUGCGGGAGUUCUUCCUCCAGGGAGUGGCCGUCAUCCUGUGCGUCAUGUUCGACACGUACCCCGAAGCCAGGAACCUUCAGAAGGUGGCAAAAUUCUUUUACAUGCCGCGCUGGCGUUCGUCGGAGGCCGGCAUCCCCGUGGGACCCAACUCCUCGUCACCGGACAGCAGCAAGGGACUCCUGGGCAUCUACUCCACCCCGGGGUGCGCCUUUGCCAUCGCGAGCGAGCGGGAGGCCCUCUACGUGCACCUGCUGUUCGCGCUGCGCGACCGACGCCUGGGCUCGUUGGAGGCGAACUUCGCAUCGCUCGUGUACCACGCCUUCUCCGCGCUGGAGAUGCGGUGGCAGCGCUCGUUGGCUGAAGACAUCGAGUUGGGCCGGGUGAGCCCCAACAUCGACCUUCCGGACGACAUACGCUCCUCGCUGAACGCCCUACUCAGGCCGGAUCCGGCGCGUGCCGAGGAGCUGCGUCGGGCGUUUGCCGGCGGAUUCGACGGCAUCGCCCGCAGGAUCUGGCCGCAUCUCAACCUGGUGCUGGCCGUAGACUCCGGCUCCAACGAGCCAUACGGCCGGGCCCUGGAGAACCACUACUGCCGGGGAGUGCCCCUCUACUCACCUCUGUACGGAGCCACGGAGGGUCUGAUCGGGGUGAACCUGUGGCCGGGGCGUCGGGAAAGGCGCUACCUGCUGUGUCCCCGCUCCAUGGUGUGCGAGUUCAUCCCCGUGCAGCACGCCGGGCAGGAGCAGCCGGGCACGCUGCUCAUGGAGGAGGUGCAAGAGGGGCAGGUCUACGAGCUGGUGCUCACGAAUGGCUCAGGCCUCUACCGAUAUCGCUUUGGUGACGUUAUUCAAGUGGUUGGAUUCCACAACCGGUGUCCCAUCGUGGAAUUUAUGUACAGGCAGGGCAUGAUGCUGAACGUGCGAGGAGAGAAGACGUCCGAAGGUUUGUUCGACAGGGUCAUGAAGCGCACCGCUCGCAUCUGGGGUGGCUCCGAGCUGCUCGACUACUGCUGUGCGGAGAGUGUCCUUCUCGGAAACUCAGCAGGAACUUCUGACCCACACUAUGAGGUGUUCGUGGAAGUCAAAGGAACCCAAUAUUUAUCUGAUGAAAAGAGAAACAAGCUCGAUCAGUUUCUGCAGGAAGAGUCGGCGGUGUACAAGUCAUUCCGCAACAAAGGCAGCAUCGGGCCAGCCCGGGUAAACCUGAUCCACCAAGGGGCAUUCCAGGAUCUCAAGAAAUAUACCCUCGAGAAAUCUGGAGCCAGUCCUAACCAGUACAAGACUCCCCGGGUGCUGAAGAACAAGGAGCAGGUUGACAUUUUAUUGCAGAGAUGCAUUGCCUGAGUAUGGAGCAAGCUGGAUGAGACUGUACGUCCCAGCAUGUGGCAAGCCCAUAAAGCAAAGACUGCCUCAACGGCAAAUGGCAAUAGUGAUGGUAGAAAUGCAGUUCUCAGGCAAUUAAAAUGUGUGCGAUGAGUGCAUACGUUUUGUUUUCGUUUCCUUUUCAGUGGUUUAUCUCCGAAGCCUUUAGGUCUUAAAAAGUUAGAAUAAACAAAUACGAGCAAUACGUGUCCACAAAGUUGGUUGGUACAUUGCCCCAAUAUUCAGUGUAAUGACGAAAACUAUAAUGAUGUAGUAAGGGUGAAAAUAAUGGUUUCAAUUCCACUGAUGAACCAGUGGAUGUCUGCUGUCUCUCAGUCGGUUCAGAUCUAAAUACAAGCGGUCCCUGCUUUUAUAACACGAAUAUUUUGUGGAAACCCCAUAUCUGUCAAUCCCUUAUCGGUGCCCCUACCGUAUUACAGACCAAUUCAGACUGUAUUGGUUACCCAGUGCCCGUAUAAAUCUCAACGUUCAUCCUACAAAGUCCCAUCACAAGGGAGAAACACAAACAAAUAAACCAAAAAAAAAUGUCGCCCGUAUUGAAACGGCUGUACGCCGUAUGGAUCUGAAAACGCAAUUUCCCCGUACAAGAAUACGGGUAAACCGUAUGGGGUUGACGGGUAUGAAACCCCGUCGUAAAUCGCAUCGUCAUAAAGCAGACCCCUAUUUUCCCAUAGUAAAAAACAGUAGAAACAUCACUUUCCGAUGUGUUUUUUUCUUUUAUAAGCCAUACUUAACAGGGUUCAAUCGGUAAUAAUCUGCAAAAAAACAACAGCUGAGAAUAACAAAUGAUCCAAGCCGAGUCACGUCGGAAACCGGACCGACUCUGUUCAAAUGCGUUCAGAGUCGUGUCGGAAGAUGCGCCGUAAAUCCAGUUUCUGCGUCGUAAAUCGAUCCAUGGUGACACUGCUGACGGUCGCAUGUCCUACGUGCACUGGCUGUGGCCGUGUAGACAGAUGUGCGAUUGGCAGUUUUUCUUCCCACAUUGCUUGCACUAGUAGCUUAAUGUUUUGAAGGAACGGCCAUGUAAACUAUGACCCAAGUAGGGGUGGUUGGGUAGCACAGUCGUCCAAAAACCGACAUUCUGGGGUGCAGUCAAAGUAGCCACCUACAAACCAGGUUCUCGAGUCGAGUGAGUUGAUUGGUUCAGCCUGCUCCACCAAUCGCUGCAGGUAGCGUUUUUGUUGUAAAAGUUUUGUACUUCAUUGGCAAAAUGCUAACUCAGACAAUGAACAAUUAUAGGUGGAACUGCCACACAAAUAAUGUAUGUACGUAACAGAAUAUGUGGGGCAGUGUUCCUGUAGUGGGCAGAUAAAAUAGGUCGCCUAAAGAGGUCUCAGAAGUAGUUCUGUGGUGUCUUUUCUUACGAGCAAUUCUCUAACGCGUAUGCAACUGCCGAAAGCACAAUUUAAGUUAAAUUGGAGAAAUUACUACAAAAUAUAAAAAUAUGACAAUGGCACUUGAUAACUAAUUUUUGCAAACUAUGUCGUCAACGUUGUCACUUUCUGUGCAGAAGUUAAGUGCGAACGUAUUCUCUAAAAACUGUGUUCCCUGCUGGGCUCAAUUUUUUUUAAUGCAGAAAAGUGUUUGGCAUCUCACGCAUUCCAAAUAAGCUUCGUCAUUUUGUUGUUGUUUUAAGUCUGCUUUGUCACAUGCUCUGGUGACACAUGGCCACACACACACAGAUCAAUAUCUCCCAGCUAUCCUUUUUUGACUUUCGAUCCACUCCUAUAACCAUAUAUAAAAUGUAUUUGAAUUAUUUACAUCCAAUAUGAUGACAUACGUAAUAUGUGUUGCCCCUCCCGGCGUUUUGUUUCAAAACCGUGAAGGGGCUUUUCGGAGGUUUGCAAAGAUCAGCCAGCAGUUUGCCGUAAUUAAUUAAACUUCCUUUCUCGUGUAGUUCCACACACAUCCUUCUUAGAGACGUUUAGCAUAUUUUUUGUUCCAGCUUCAAUCUGCAUAAGGCAGCUCAUUUCUGCACUCUGCACAAUCCUGUAUCUAUAUGUCUGACUUUGUAUUGAAUAAUUUUUCAGCCGAAUCGAGCCGCUAAAUUCAAGGCCGUAAAAGUUCAGGAGAAUGAUUUUGUUGUAUCAAGGCCGACUAUACUUUACAUGAGUGCGUUCUUGUGCCAAAUGUAUGUUCCUUAAUCCAGGUUUGUAGACAUUUAGUCACCGUUUAUUUACUUAAAUACGUUAAUCAGAUCAUUAGGCAGGCGCCCAAGCUGCACGGGUCUGUCUGGCAUAGCCAGCCAAGUAAGAGUUGAAGAGGCCAAGGCCGUGUAUGAAUGCCAUGAAUUGGCUACGAGCAGGUUGAACUGCCAGACCCGCGUGCAUAUGCAGACAUAAACACAGGCACACAUGCGCGCAAUCCAACACACCCACACAUCCAUCGCAAUGGCAACAUUAUCCGUUUAUUAUCACACUUUGCUUUGGUGAUACGCAAAUUAGCUGUUUACCAGAUGUGGCCAUUUAACUUUCAAAAUAUCGUAUUGCUGAGUUAUCACUUAUUUCAUUAUGAAAGACCCAUGUGUAUACACUGUGUUCACACAGAAUAGAGAAAACAGCAUAGGGUCGGGAGAUAGUCAUUUUAUCGCUAGUGAGACUAUGAGGAUCACUGCUUGAUUCACCAUACUGAUGCAUUGGUUGGCAUCGGUCAAUCUGACAAUAAGGCCCAACCUCUAUAUCGAGCUUGAGCUAUCAAUAUGUGCGUCACUUAUGUUCAGAAUAUUUUAACAUGAAGCAGCAAGAUAAGGUGUUUGUUUAUAUGUGUAUAUUCAUUCAAGUAUCAAUCAAACAUGCAUCAUGAAGAUCUUGCCUACAAGAGGUGAUGGAUUUCUCAAGCAACACGAGACGAGCAUUGGGACCGGUUGAGAUGGGAAAGCUCUCCUGCGUUUUUUUGAUGUCACUCAAGAAAUAGGAGAGGCACUGAGACCCCUUUGGUCUUUAACACAGUCCUAAAACAUCAAGUGGCCAGCAACCAACAGCACCCGCAAAGAUGCAUCGGAUGAACGGCCAACACGUCUCUCGAAUUGGGCAAGGUUACGGGAGCUCAGGAAGAGAGACGGGAUGGGAGGGAAUUUUCACGUCGAGCAGAUGCGAGGGAAGACGCAGACAGAGAAACGCUGCGACCUGCGGUGUUGGGGGGGGGGGGUUGAUGACAGUGCGGAUGAGGUGAGAUGGGCAGUCUGGCAGACUCCGAGGAGGAAUAGGAAUUAAACGAGUGACGUUCACGGUGGUAGCGUUAGGAGAGCGGUACGGAGGUGCUGAAUGCCGAUGGGCAAGUGACUGGCCGGGUGACAUCAAAGCAUCAAAGCAGAAUUCAACAUUUGGCACCGACGCCUGUCCAAUUGUGCUAUGGAUCUCGAUACAUCGAUAAUGCUGAGGUAUGGAUUUUGUUCAGUCUGUUUCAUGAGCAAAGAAGUGGGCUUACUUGAAAGACAAAUCUGAUGCAGGGCUAUCUCUAUGGGACCCUUUUUGGCAGUAUCAGGAUAUGAAAUGAAAAAAAAAGUGCCUUUGCCCCUUUCUGGCAUACAUGCAGGCGUUAAGAUGUUUGUUAAUGCUUAACUCAGAGCUAGUAAUGCCUUGGUGUUUUCAUUGUCCUUGGACUGUUUGCCUUUUGGCGGCCUUCGGUCUGGCACUGGUGAGACAAAGCCUGGUGUCGACCAAUAAGUUUCGAGGACAGUGCGUAUAUUAUAUCAAAGCAUAAUUGUUUGCAUUUUUUCACCACAUGUAUGUGUGGUUAAUGCGGACUUGAUGCCUCGUAAUUAGUAUCUCUUUGGUGCUUGGAUAUCUUAACACCUCCUGCGUGUGUGUCAGAAAGUGUUAAGCCCCCAUUUUUUAAAAUAAAUCAAUGAACGCACGACCAUCGCAAAAGGAAACGACACCUCCUCCAUUACUUUUUCCAUCAUUGCUAAACAUGUGCAUGGAAGUGUAAGAACAGAGUUGCGUAAUGCCUGACCAUUCACACACAGCCACCACAACAACACAAUAUCAGGUAUCAGAAAUAGUUCGUGUCUUGUGCAGGCUUUCAUCGCUCUGGCUCUGUGCCCUUUCUCCACACACCGUGUGGAUGACAUCCUCACUGGGUACUUUACUUUGAUCCACUUACAUCGUGUUGGAGUGAUACACACGCACGCGUCUGGAAAUUGAAUUACUUCUCCGUUCAGCCAGCUGGUGCUCGGUGAGUCUGGCUAUCGAUCUGUCUUGUCUACCAACUAGCAGUGCGUGCAGUCACACGCGCAACAACAGCAAAACAAAACCAAUAAUGUUCAGGAUUUUAGAGUCUGCCAUUCACUCUAUCACCCUAAGUCUACAAGACGUUAUUUGCCAGUCGGCAAAUACUCCUUGGGACAUGGGAAGAUUUGUUUGUGUGUUCUCCAAGGAUCAUGUAUGUCAGCAGAAGUAAAACUUUAGCUGGAGAUAGGGCUGGGUGUUUGGAAUUCACUGGGAUUGUCUCCUGGUUGUGGCAUUUCUAAAGUGUGACAAGUCUCUGGUGGCUUGAGUUGGAUGUCCUGCUAUUGUAUUGGACUCGUAAAGGUUGGCCAUGUCUCGCGUGAAUCUGGCCCCAGGAUAAGUGACCUCCAGUGUGCUCCCAGGCCCUUUCGUUAGGGUAGUGAUCCAAAGCUGCUGUGGGCUCGUGCAAGUGCAUUGUAGCAUGUCCAAGGAUGUAACAGGAGCUGGCCAAGGCGAGGGCCAAUGUGGCUUUAAACUGGCUGAGCAGAUGGUCAGGCAGUGACACCAACAGAUAUAUCAGACUCCCGGUUUUAACCCUUUCGUGAUGUAUUUUUUUGUGCAGAAAAUUCACCUCGUUCAUUUACGUACAUAAAUUGGAUAUUGUAUUAUGCAUUUAAUUUUCUUACGUCUGCCUGUGCCACGAUCGCAUUGCUUGAGUAGGGCAUUAUGAGUCUCAUUGAAUGAUAAUCAUAAUCAAGCAGUGUUGUCAAUGUUAGGGAGUUGAAGAUCACUUAUUAUUUUUGUAGGUUCUUAUUAUGGUAUGGAUUCAUACUUGAAAAUAGAGAGCACUCAUGUUUUUGUUCUCAAAACAACACGAUAGGUUUUGGCUUUUUUAUUCGAUUAUAUUGAUUUUAACCGGCUCUUAUGUUGUAUAUUUCAGGAAUCUAGCUGUUACCACAUCUUGAAGGCUUUAUGCAUUUUAUAUAACACAGAACCCCAGCUUUUUAGACACACAUGUUUUAAGAAACGGCUUAUGUAAGUUAAAAUGCAUUAUUGGCAACCAACUGCUUUGCUUUUUUCCACGAUAGAAACCCAGAACUCCCCGGCAUGAGUAGAGGCAGUGAGCUUAACCGAGCCUUCACUGGCGCAAGAGUUCUGCUUGGGAAAAGAGAGGUGAGUCAGCGGGGAAAAGAGUGGUGAGUUAGCGGUGAAAAGAGUGGUGAGUUAGCGGUGAAAAGAGUGGUGAGUUAGCGGUGAAAAGAGUGGUGAGUUAGCGGUGAAAAGAGUGGUGAGUUAGCGGUGAAA